UAGAAUUUAGUAUUAUUAAACAAAGAUAUGCCACAAAAAAAGCGGGUGGUUCUAGUCAAAACGGUCGGGAUUCCCCUGGUAAAAGGCUAGGUUUAAAAAAAUUUGGAGGUGAAUUUGUUGAAAUCGGGAACAUCCUUGUUCGACAACGAGGAACUAAAUAUCAUCCGGGAGAAAAUGUGAUUAUGGGAAGGGAUCACACUUUGCACGCAGGACAACCAGGAUGGGUGCAAUUCUAUAUUGACCCCAAACGUAAGAAAAAAUAUAUUGGAGUUGUAUUAGAUCCAAACGAUAAAUUACCAAGACCGCCUACCGAACCAAGAAGACGUAGAUUUGAUUUGAUAGAUAUUACGCAAUAUCAUGAAGAAUUACGUAAAUCCAGAGAAAUUGCUAUUUCUAAGAAGCAACAAAAAUAA